AGGCCUAACUUGAGCUUUCAUUCUAAUAAGCUUUUCGUCACUGCAUCAACAAACAAUAAAAGCAAAGCAAUUUAUUCUACAGUUGAAAGGGGUUUCUUCCUUUCGUAUAUUAUUUCUUUUGAAAAGUUGUGUUAUCACUUCUUAUCGGUUUUUUUUUCUCUUCAUAUCUUCCAAAUAUCUCCCAUCUCCUAACCCUAUUGUUGAUUUGAUCCAAAUGGCUUUUUCUAUGCCACCAGAAGCUCUUCUAGAAGGAGUUGGUGAUGCAGGGGCAGCUAAGCCUAGUGGUUCUGAACAAAGCGUUCUGGAAAAGCAUGUUGCAUUCUUUGACAGAAACCAUGAUGGCAUCGUUUAUCCAUGGGAGACUUUUGAAGGUUUUCGAGCAAUCGGGGCAGGUUAUCUCUUGUCCAUGACCGGUGCUUUCCUCAUUCACUUUGCUCUCAGUAGCAAAACUCGCCCUGGGAAAUGUCCUUCUCCAUUCUUUCCAAUUGAGGUUAAAAAUAUCCACCUGGCUAAACAUGGCAGUGACUCUGGUGUAUAUGACAGUGAUGGAAGAUUUAUAUCAUUGAAGUUUGAAGAAAUCUUCAGAAAGUUCGCCCGUACCCAUGGCAAUGCCUUAACAUCUGGUGAACUCAUGGCAAUGCUCAAGGCCAACAGGGAACCACAGGAUUACAAAGGAUGGAUUGGUAGUUGGACGGAAUGGAUGACAUUAUACAAUCUUUGCAAGGACAACAAUGGAUUACUGAGGAAAGAAAUAGUUAAAGGCGUUUAUGAUGGAAGCUUGUUCGAACGCAUGGAGAGGGACAGAAAACCUCACAGAAAAUAAAGCUUGGAUAUAAAGGAGUGCUUCAUUCAGAUGUUGGGUCUGAUCGGGUUCAGUUGGGUUUGGUUGGUUGAGCCUCGUUGGGAAGAUUUGAUUUGUGAACUUAUAAUUGAAUUUUAAUUUGUGUUCAUGAUUUCGAAUGUAUAAUGGUAGAAACAAAUGUAUCUGCCUAUUCAUUCAUGUUUCACAUAUUUAUUCUAUUUCUUAUAAAAAUAAGUAUGAACUACCAUAGUCAAA